AUGAAUACAACUGGUAUUCCACCGAAAAAAGGCGGUAAGGGUAAAAAAUCUGAUACCACUGAGGAACGUGCCAAAAGAUCGGACGACCCUCCCACUGCGGCAGACUACCAAAAUCUUGAUUUCGUUGACAGUACUCCACCCAGUGUGUUCAUGCUUCUUAUAAGCGGCGUUCUCUCGUUUUGCAUUCUUGGAAUUCUUCUCGUCAUUUUUCUCAUGAAAGUUAGAUCUGGAGGAGAAUUCACUCAACCGAAAAAGCCACAAAGUAACCGUGAAGACGACCGUCCCAGGAGUGGGCGUCGUCCUCCUGAUCGUGUGCCACCUCCUCCGAGAGAUGAUUCAAGGCGACGUGAAGAAGAUGAUAGGAGAAGAAGGGAGGAUAAAUCCAGAGAACGCAGUCCGAGACGAAAAAAUGAAAAGAGUCGAAGUGGCCAUGAUAGAGAUAGGGAUCGUGACCGUGACCAUAGUAGAAGAGAAAACGAAAAGAGUCGGAGUCCAAGACAGAGUCAACAGAAGAGCUUGGAAAGAAGACGCGAUGAUCGAGACAGAAGUCGUUCGGACAAGGAUAGAGACCGUUCCAGAAGCAGGAAAGAGCGGGAAGAUCGUGAGCGUAAAAGAAGUCGUAAAGCGCGAGAGGAUCGGGAACGUGAGAGAAGCCGUAAGGAAAGAGAAGACAGAAGUAGAAAGGAACGCGAAGAUCGUGAGCGAGAACGUAGCAGUAAAGAACGAGAGGAAAGAAGUCGUAAGGAGCGAGAGGACAGAAGCCGUAAAGAGCGAGAGGAUAGAAGCCGUAAGGAACGGGAAGAGAGAAGUCGCAAGGAUCGCGAGGACCGUGAACGAGAUCGCAGUAGAAAGGAACGGGAGGACCGUGACAGGGACAAAAGCCGUAGUGAAGAUAGAAAAAGAACUCGAAGCCGUCAGGAUCGUCCGAAGAGCAGACAAGAUAGGUCUAGAAGUAUUGAAGACCGUCCAAGAAGCAGAAGCAGACACUAG